GCGGAUGGAGAGAGAUUUGCUGCAUGCUUGUUCCCUAUUGAUGGAUUUCCUGCAGGCGAAUUGAUGGCCUGCUGACGACAUGGAUGUAUUGAAGGCCCCCUCGCGGCAGGGCUCCGUUUUGUCGACCGUCUCACAAACCCCCCGCGCACACCAGCCACGCUCGUCCAACCUACAACUGAUUACUCUACGUUGUAGUUACCUCGGGAAGAAUUUCAACCCUCCCGACUGUCUGUAGUAGGAGAAGAGGAAAGAAGGAAGAGUCAAAACGAUUUACACAAAUCAAUGGCUGCGGCGCGAGUGUUGCUACACGAUAAUAACCUGGCCUCUCCCGGCGCACUGCUCCGCGUCCUCCUCACCACUUCUUCCUCCCCUUCUUCUUCUUCCCCUGCUGCUUCUUCUUCUUCUACUGCCUCUUCAUAUUGCUGGUCGACCCGUCGUCCACUUACUACUAUUACGCCCUCAUCACGGCACUCGCCAUCAUCAGCCUCGACGCACAACAACCACCGGUUCACGCCAGCAGCCCACCACCAACAGCGGUCCUUGACCAUGUCCCAGCCCGUCAGCCGCAACCCGCACCCGGACUUCAAGGCCGUCGAGGCCGCGCGCCCGCCCUGGGACGACACGGAGCGCUUCCACUACACGCGCACCGUGGCCCCGGAGUGGCGCUUCGGCGACGGCGCCAACCGCCUGCGCGACAACGACGACGCUGCUGCUGCUGCUGCUGCUGCUACUACGACUGCGACUAGUACUACUGACAAGGGACGAGGCAACGAUGACAAGACUCAACCAAAGCAGCAGAAGCAGCACGUCGCCAUCGACCCCUACGCCCCCGGCCGCGCCCCCGGCAACAACUACAAGCUUCUCAUCUCGGCCAUCACCCCGCGCCCCAUCGCCUUCCUCAGCACCGUCGGCGCCGACGGCCACAGCGGCGCCAACCUCGCGCCCUUUUCCUACUUUAACAUGAUGAGCCACGACCCGCCGCUCUUUGUCGUGGGCUUCGACCGCGGCGGAGGCGGAAGGCCCAAGGACUCGCUCGCCAACGUGCUCGCCACGCGCGAGGCCGUCAUCAACAUCAUCGGCGAGGACUUCCUCGAGGCCGCCAACGCGUGCAGCAUCGACGCCCCCUACGGCGCCUCCGAGUGGGACGUCUCCGGCCUGACGCCCCUGCGCGACUGCCAGACGGUGCGCCCCGCGCGCGUCGCCGAGGCCGUCUUCUCCGUCGAGGUCAAGGUCGACCACGUGCGCGACUAUGACCGCAAGGGCGCGGCGGGCGAAGUGCCGCAAAAGGGCUGCACGCUCGUCGUGUUUGAGGGGACGAGGAUCUGGGUCCGCGAGGAUGCCCUCGACGAGCAGCAGAACCUCGUCGACCCGGCGGUCCUGCGCCCCGUGAGCCGCCUCGGCGGCAUUUCCUACGGCAGGCUCACCCAGGCCGUCGAGAUUCCCCGGCCCUCGUUUGAAAAGGAUCUGGGCGGUCGUGAGGGGCUGGCGAAGCUCCAAGGGCCCAAGAAUUAGACGAGCGAGUCAUCCGUCAAAACAGGUGCGCCUUCGCAGCAUGAGAGGCCAUGGCGCGUGCCGUGUCGUGGAUUGAUGUCAUGUCCGUUUCAUGCAUGGUCAGUCAUUAGAUGGGAAAAUACAAGCAACGCCCC